CAUCCGCAAGGACCCCACUUUUCUCUCCCUUUAUUUCUAAAUUUCUACACAAAAUUUGCUUUUUGUCAAAAUCCAUUGAAUCCUGGGUAUAAAUAGACCCAAACACAUGCAACAAACUACUCCUUAAUACAAACACAUUAACUACCCUUCUUGUUCCACACUUUCACUACUUUCUUCUUUCUUCAAUUCAACCCAUGGAAACCACCCAGCUUGACUACAACACUAAAAGAGCAAACCCCACUUCCCCAACGCGCUUGAAGCUCUUCGGUUUCAGCGUACACCACGAAGACAUCAUGGAAGAGGACGAGGUGGUGGUGGCGCAUGAUGACGUGGCGGACUCCACCACCAAGGCUACUUCCACAUCCCCUUCCCCGUCUGACUCGCCGGACUCCUCCGUCGCCGCUGCCGGACCUCCUUCCUCCGGCGACCGGAAAUACGAGUGCCAAUACUGCUGCCGAGAGUUCGCGAAUUCACAAGCACUUGGCGGACACCAGAACGCGCAUAAGAAGGAGCGUCAGCAGCUGAAGCGCGCGCAGUUACAGGCCUCUCGAAACGCAGCCGUUUCGUUCGUGCGGAACCCGAUGAUCUCCGCCUUCGCCCCUCCGCCGCACCUGCUGGCUCCGCCGGGCUCCGUCAUGGUCUCGGCGGCACCUCCCUCGUGGGUGUACAUGCCGCCACGUGCCGCGCCUCCUCCCUUCCACGUGUCAGUGUCGCACGGUUGCGCGUUCCCGUCGGCGCAUGGCAACAACAACGGCUUCAGCGGUGGCAGCAGCAGUAAUAGUAAUAACGUGACCAUAACAACGGGUGUGAAAUCUGCGGGUGCAGGGAUGUUUCCCUAUGUUGGCGUUGUAGGAGAUUCCUCAUUAGCUGCUUUGUCAACGGUGCAGGUUCAGGCCCGGGCCCACCAUGCUAGGAUUGAUGGGCCCUCUUUGAGUAGGUUUUCCAAAGGUGACGGUGGGCCCAAAUUUGAUGAUGCAUGGGGUUUGGACUUGCACCUUAGUCUUGCGCCGGCUGCGCCGCCAUCUCUCGGCUCGGCUUGAAAUUCAGUGAGUGUAAUAACUAGUUUAUUUGUUCGGGCUUGACGCGCCGUUUGAAGGCAUAUCAUGGCUGCUUCAGCUUCAUAUAGUGUACAUUUUCAUAUUUAGUUGCUAUUUUUUCAACCAAAUUAUUUAUUUCACUUAGUACACAUUACAACUGCUCA